AUGGCGGAGGUCGAGAGCAGCGUCGCGGACGAGUCGUUGGCGCAGUCCGAGGCCCCCGACGAACAGCAAACCCAUAACAUGACAGUCGGCAUUAGGCGACAGGCGAAUGGUACGAUCGGCUCGGUCUAUUCGGGAAACAAAAUCCGGCACCUAAAGAAGGAGGAUGGGAUUCCUCUAUGGCGUAAGGACAUCCAGUAUCAGUUUCUCAAGCUUGUCUUCGAGGAUACAACCCCGGUCUUCACUCGCUGGCCUGAUGGGGUGAAAGGCCUGGACUUUGCCGAUAUCUACAUCGAUGCUAUGGCGAGAAGCAGCAAGACGAGUAAGAUCCUGAAGGAUAAAUUGCAGAGUGACAAGAAGGCGGCCAUCAGCAUGGCUAUGGUUUGUCUGCUGGUCAAUUUCGGGCGCAUGAACACCACACUCAAUUUCUUCCCCGAGAUGCGUGCUCAGUUGCGGACCUAUCACUCCAUUCCUUCUCUGCAAGCGACACAGGACCCUAAUGCCUACAAGCAGUUGCAAGAUGCUCCUCGUCUCAAGUCGAUUCUCAAAGGCGCAUCUGAAGAUGUUGACCAGCCCAACACGCUGGACAGAAUCAAGCGUCAGGCAAAACCCCGCACAAACCCCGUCAAUCUGAUCUUUGUCCUGGCCCAAUAUGCCCCUAAGGUGUCGGAAAUGCACUUUUUCCCUCCCCGUGACUUCUUUGACCUGGUCAUGAGGGGUACACUCAGUAGUCGGAGCAGAGCCAAAGCUUUUCUGUGGCUGAUGUGGUGGUAUCUGGAAAGUGAUUUCUCCGCACAGGCAGCGCUGGACAAUCCCUUCGGUCCCGGUCUGGACGGUGAAGGCACCGGAGGUUUGCCUAUCAAGGUUCCUCAGUUUGAGAGUCUUACCGAAGAACAGGCAAACGAGGAGAAUGUGGAUACCCAGUCCGAACUCGACUACGGUGAAGCCAAGCGCUUGGAACGUAAACGCAUCCUGGAAGACGAUGAGCCACUACCCAGAGUGCCUAAGCGCUCUAAGAAAGGUAUCCAGCACGCUCCUGAUUUCCGCCUGCCUGAUCUCCUCGACGACGAAGCAUCAGGAGAUCUGUCUGGUCGCGGUGACGGUCGCUUGUCCACCAUGUCCACCCCUCUGCAUCCAUCCACCAAGCGCCAUCCACUAGAUGAUGAGGACGACUAUCAAACUCCCGGACAGUCUGCGCGCUCCCGGUCCAAGAGGCCCAAAAGAGAGUCUUCUCUCAACCGUUCUCUUGGUCAGCAGCGUCUCAUCUUAAGAACCAAGAUGGAAAACACACCUGACGCUGCUUCUCCAGCUCCUCCAGGCUCGGGCCACCCGAUCUUGAAUCGAUUUGUUACAGAAACCACCCAGCCCACCUCCGCCCGUCGGCCACGACCUCUCACUCAACACCAAUUGGCUGUCGAGCAGAACCGUCGACAGCGGAUUGAAUACAUUCUAGCUAAGCGCAAGAGCGAAGCGUACCGCGUUUUGCGUGCGAAGCGAGAAAGCGAGGUACCUAUUGUCCGCUAUGGUCGUCGUCUUUCGAAUCUCCCGGAAGGCUAUGACACAGAUGAGGAGGAGAAGGCCUGGGGCAAGGGUGGACUGGUGCCGAAGCCCGACGAGGAAGAAGACUUUGGUGAAAGUGCUAGUUACUUCUUGUCUGUGAUCCGCAAGGCCGCCAGACGCUUGGAUCGAUGGGAUUAUGACGAUGCCAAUGGUCCUAGGCGUGAUCGCAAGGCCGAACGCGAGGAGCGCCAGAAAGCGAGGGAGAUGAGGCUCGCUAUGGACAAUUCGGGUGAUCUUGCUGGGCGCAUCCCAUCAUCCGCUCGUAGUCGCGCUCGUGCUGCUCGCAACGCCAAGCGCAAACUCGCCAAUGCGGCUGCCAGUACCCCAUCCGCCAAGGAGCCAGGCGCUGCAAGCUCCUCACGGUCAAAAGCUAACCGCAAUCGAUCCCAGCGCGAUGCCGAAGACGCAGUGGCGUCUACCCCGAACGCGGCCAAGGAUGGUCUGGAGGCACCUGGUCGUGACCAUGAACUCUCCCCAAUGCCUGGCUCGACCCACCUGGGCGAUGACGAUGAAGGUGAGGAAGGACUAGACGACAUUGACCGUGAACUUCUCGGCGAGGGGAGCGGAGAUGAUGACGGCGCUCCGACACCAGCGGCUCGCACGUCUCGACCGGCAGAACCAGGCUAUGAGGAUAGUUUUAUGGAGGCAGGCGAUGCAGAUGAGGAUGCGGAAGGUCUCUCAUCCGAUGACAAUGACGACGAAGAAGUUGAUGACGAAGAUCUCGAUGAAGGAGAGGCGGAGGUGGACGCUGACGAGAACUCUUCCACGCUCGAAGGUGGCAAUGGGUAUGCUGCCAGCGAGACCUCUUCGGUGGCCGGCGCGGAGGGCGACACAGUUCUAGCGGAUGAUAAAGACGAGACUAUGACUGAUCUCUGA